AUGGUGCUCGGGCGAGCAUUGCGGCUGCAUUUUGCAGCACAUGCACAUGGCGAGGGCGACGGUAAAGGCUGCAAUGAUGCACCUCUGUGUCCUGUUUGGUUUCUGGUCGGCCAGAGAUCUGAAGGAACGUGGAGCGAAGGGCCGAUGCAGGGCAGCCGGCUCCGGCUGAUUGGGUCGUAUUUGAUACGACUGGCCCAACGCACUGCCAACGCCAAGUUGCGGGAGGUGAAAGUCCUCAAAUGCAUUUUCUAUGCAUCUCGAGGGUAUGAUGUCAAUGCGAUGCUGGAUGAAGGGUUCCGGGUGAAUGACGCGCCGGCACUGGAAGAUGGGCCGAGUGCCAUGGAUGAUGCUGCUGCAGCAUGCCAUGAAGAGCAUGAUGCAAUGCAAGUCCCUUUGACUUGCAAUGCACUGAUGAUCGUGGAUUCCUCCGGCGAGGAGGAAGAGCUCGAGGUUCUCCGGGUGGAGGAUUCGGAGCCGGAGCCGGAGUCCUGGCCUGAGGCUGAGAAGCUCCCGGAUGAUGUUUUUGUGAAGAUGAAGGACCGACAGCGGCUCCUUCCGGAGGGGAGCUACAUGAAGUUCAACGAGAGUGGUGUGACCGACAAAGCUGUUGCUGUUCUGAAACGUGCUGCCAAAAAGUCGAAAGAUGCCGAUGUUAUGGCAGCAGUGGAAGCACACGAGGCCAAAAGGCACGGCACGAUUUGGGCUCACGCCGGCGACAAGGGCCAGGACGAUCCAAUGGGUCAGGAGGACGAGGCUCAGGACGAUGGAAUGGCUCAGGAUUCUGAGGCUAAGGACGAUGGAGUGGCUCAGCAUUGUGCUCAGGACGAUGGAGUGGCUCAGGUGUGUGCUCAGGACGAUGGAGUGGCCGCUCAGGUGGAUGAUUCAGCACCGGUGGCUUCCAAGUCGUGUGCUGUGCACAAGGCAGCAGACCCGGAUCUGAUUCACAGCCAGGUGCUCUUACGGACUCUAUCUGAGCUGGAGGCCCAUGAGGUACCCGUCCCUGAUACUCCGCUUAAAACCCCUGACCGUGGCUCGGAGGAUGUGUCAACAACACCCAGCACCCGCAAGGUGCUCCGGAACACAUCCUCAUACAAGGCUGUUUCGUCCCCGGUGCCCUUCUUGAGUGAAACCGCCUUCGAUGUGCUUAUGGGUUGCGAGGAUCCCGUGGGUGCCGCAGGCUCAUCAGAGCAGAUGGUGGUGCCCAAGGUUUUGUUCCCUGCUGAGCCGGCUGGGUCUACUGAUGAGGUUGUGGUGGAGACCGUGCACAACAAUCCGUACAGCCGUGACUGGGAUCCGGAAGGAGCUUCGAAGCGGGCAAAGGAGACUGGUGGGUCCAUCCCGACCCCUCAGAAGCCCGAUACAAAGAAGGCAAAACUUGAGGAGCAGGCACGGGUUCGACACGAGCAGGCCCAGGCGACUUGGGACAACGUGGUGUAUGUUCUCCGGACUGACAUCCCCGACGCGAUGCCAGACGAUUGCUCUCGCAACGGACGGUUGUGUCUCAGCUCAAACCAGCUGAUGCAUGUUAUGACUCGCAUUUUCGCUCAUGGUGUUAUGAGAUACCGUGUGAACAUGUCAAUGUCAGUGUGA